AUGGGGAACAUAUGUAAUAAGAUAUACAUCUGGUAUGAAAAAUAUAUGAAGCGCCAGUUUCCCCAGGAGCCAGAACCUGUUGUACCAACAGACGGUGACUUUCACACUGAAAAGAUAAGGCGAUAUGGUGAUAUUCUGAGAAAUACAAAGCUACCCUUAGAGGAGCGGGCCAGAAUGGCCUAUUAUAUUGGACUGCUGGCUUACACAGGUGGCGUCACCACUAGUGUGCCUGCAUCAGACUAUAUCGAGGACAUGACUGAUAUUUUGAUGUUGCGGGAUACUUCCCGGAAGGUGAGGAUUGCAGUACUGAAAGGGCUAUGCGGUGUUUGCUACCUCAGUUACAGCAACCAAAACCUCGCCAAGGAGCUCCUUCUCACCGACAUUCUUCUUUCCUUUCUGGACGAGGACGAGGAUGAAGAUGAAGAAGAGCCCACCAGUGAUGACCAGGAUAUAAUCAUUGUGAAGUUCUGGGUCUGUUAUCUUAUGACCGUUGUCUGCUGUAACAACAUCCCCUAUCUUAAAUUAUUCCAGGAUUUAGGGGGGGAAAUGCUAGAGAACAGGCUGGAAUCCCUCUCUAGCAUGGAGUGGUUUGGCUGGCCAAUGAACUAUGCUGAAGUACUACUUUCACUCCUGGGAUAUCAGACUGUAACUUUAGACUAG